GUCAUGUGAUGACAGCCAGCCAGGAAGAGAGGUGACAUGGCAGUAAGUCCUGGACUUUGGGCUUUCAGCUACACCUCUGGUUUCCACUAUAUAUACAGCACGGCACUGGCCUGAGAGACACACAGACAGACUGAAUACACAGAGAUACACCAGGAAAAAAACAGGUGAGGCCAAUGCUGAGAUUCAAAACAAGGUGUUGAGAAACUAUGAUUUUAGGGUUCUAAGAUUCAAAUGUAAUUGAAGUGUAAUUGAUCAAUGAUGUUUCUGUUUCAGUGAGAAACGCAAAUAUGAAGGUGUUCAUGGUGCUUGCAAUUGCUGUACUCUCUGGUAAGUAACAUCUAAUGUUACCACAACCAUAACUACUCUCAAUUUUUUAUUUAUUGAAACCUUUGAAUGCAACAAGAUUAUUUGAAUUAUUAUUAUUUUAAACUUGGCCUACUUCAAGCUCCUUUAACAGUGUAAGGUCAUAAAGUAGGUCAGGUUAAACUUGCGUUUUCACAGGAACUAACUCUACUUCCACACCCCAAAAGGUUGCCAUGCUAACCUAUUCUACGCUGAUGAGCCCAAGCCACAGCUGGAGCAGCUGACAGAUGCCUUCUGGGACUAUGUCGCCAAGGCAACAAAAACUGCCGACGACACCGUCCAGAUGAUCAGGAAGUCUCAGCUGGGACAGGAUGUCAAGUAAGUAAUGUGACCUGUGAUGUAGUUGUCAUAACAUGUGUGUAAUGUCUGUAGUGGAAGCCCUCAGAGUACUAGAAUCCUGACUUGACCAGACCCCUCUCCUCUCCUGCAGUGACCGAAUCACAGAGAGCGCUGAUGUGGCCAGCCAAUACGCUGUCUCCCUUCAGGAGCAGCUUCCUCCUGCAGCCAAGGACCUGAUGACCAAGAUUACCCAGGAAGCCGAGGUGCUGAGAGAGCGUCUGGAGCAGGACCUGGGCAGCAUCAAGGGAAACCUGGAACCCUACGCAGAGGAGAUCAAGACACAAGUCCAGCAGAGAGUGGAGCAGCUGAAACAGGAUCUGGCCCCCUAUGCAGAGUCCCUGGACUCCGAGGCCCUGAGGGCCACCCUGCUCCAGAAGAGUGAGGAGCUGAAGGGGAGUCUGGAGCAGAGUGUGAAGGAGCUGCAGUCCAAGCUGGGUCCCUACACUGAUGAGCUGAAGCAGAAAGUGGACCUGCGCCUGCAGGACUUCCAAAAGAGUAUGGCCCCCCUGGCUGAGAAUCUCCAGAGCCAGCUGACCACCAGAGCUCAGAUGGUGCAGCAGAGUCUAGUCCCCUACGCUGAGGACCUGAAGGACAAGCUGGACCCCUACGCCCAGGACCUGAAGGCCCAGCUCACCGCACUCUACCAGGCCUUCACCAACACCAACUAAUUGGCCCAAACCAACACCACUCCUUGAUCCUCUGAAACAUUUUGAGUGAUUCUCUCAUACCCUGAACUGCACUGUAAAACAUGGAAAUAAAACUGGGCAUAUGCCCAGAAGAUCCUAUUUAUUAUUAUUUAGUGCAGGGUGAGAAAUGUAAACCAAACCUUCACACUCAAAUAUUUAUGUGUUUGUUUUUACCUUGUUAAAUGUUGAAUAAUGUCAACUUUUAUAAUUGCAUAAAUGUUUUAAGAAAAAUAAAGCUAUUGCAAUUAUGAACAAA